AAUGUAACACCAAUUGCGCCCCAAACUUUUGGUGUUACAGGUAAAGCUGCCCGGUGGACAAGUGAACAGUAAUGGAAGGCAGGCCGAGUAGAGGCAGAGGAGGCAGCUGGAAAAAAGGAGGCCAUGGUGGAAACGACAGUGAUAAUUUCGGCAGUGAACGUAGAGGCCGAGGCAGAGGAGGCCAACACCGAAGCCGGGGUAACAAAGACCACCACCGCGGUCGUGGUCGCGGAAGUGACACGGCGUUCCGACACACGAGCCAAGAUGAAGAGCACGAUGUUCAUGAGGAGGAUCACAGGACAGUUUUCUCCAGGAGGACGCUGGAGUCCAACUGGGACCGUUAUGAGGACUCUGAGAAGCAGGAAGCAGGUGACGACAUGCCCACUCAAAGAGGCACCGACUACCAUAUCCUUCUGGCGUCUGCAGGAGAUUAUUUCACUCAAUUCCGCUUGUCAGAAGAAAAAGACUGGGAGAAGGACACCCUUUCAUGCAGUGAGAUGUCUGCCCACUUUGUGGACCUCGAAGCAUUGGCCCUGUUCCUUAAACAAGUGCCUCUACACCAGAGACUCAACCUGGAUGCUGAACUGCUUCAGGUUUCAACACCAGCAGAGCUUCCGCCAAUGACGUCCAAACAGGAGACGCCCAAAGUGGCCGCAUUCACACCCCCGCCUACAGCUUCUGAAAUCCCUAACAAGAACAACAACAACCCUAAUAUCUCCAGGUCUUUAAGCCUCUCUGCAAGCUCUGACUUUCAGGGUCCCUCGGGUGCCGCUGUUGCUGCACCCCCGGCGGAUGACGUCGAUGAGGACCUAGACCAGCUGCUCACUUUAGCGAAACCAGUGUGUGAUGUCUCAGGAGGCAAGUCUGACAGCACGGAGAGUGCUACUGCUCUACAGAAAGAGUGUGACACUGUGACUGAGGCCGUAAUAGAAGAGAAGACUGAAGAGCGAAAAGAGGAGAUCUCUCAUCGUGGGUCUGCUCAGGAAAUGACGGAGGAGGACCUGGAGGACUGGUUAGACAGCAUGAUCUCCUGAUCAUCACUCAUUAAGAAGAGGAGCAGAAACGUCCAUCAGUGUGAAUAACCCACAUAUAUGCAUUGCAUCCCAUAUUUACACUUAGCUUUGUGCUUCAGCUGCUAAUUGCUACCACCACAAAAAGGUAGGCUGAUUUUUCAUCAAUCUAAAUAUAUUUAUUAUUGGUCACAUUUCAGAAAUAUGAAUCACGUUUGUGUAAUCCAAUUUGCUAUGUUAUACAAGGUCAGAUGUAGUCAUGUUUCAUCAGACCUGAUUGAAAUUCACGUAAAAGCAAUUAAAAUGUAAUAUUUUGAUAGCAUCUUAUUAUAAACCUUAUCUGGUUUUAUAUGCCACAUAAUAGAUUUAUUUCUCAGCUGACAAAUGUGCCUUUUGUCAAAGGAGAUAAGUCAGGCCAAGUAAUAAUUAUGGAUAAAACAUAAUGACGGUAUAUAAUUUGAAUUAUAUUUAUUGAACCAGUUAAGCACAAAAUUCCUUGUAAUAUACUGCCAUCAUUUUCUAGGGUUAAAAUGAAAGAAGUAAACGCCUGGUGGUAUUGCAGUACUAUCACAUCAGGAAGGGCUUCCGGUAUAAAAACUAGCGAUGAACUUGCUGUGGCGGCCUCCAAGGGAAAGCCCAAAAUUUAAAAUUAAAAAUUACCCUAUAAUGCAGGUGUGUCCAAAGUGCGUCCUGGGGCCAUUUGUGGCUUGUAGCCCAUUUUUUAUGGGCCCUCGACACAUUGUAGAAAUGAAUAAGAAAUUUAACCAACACACAUUUAAAAAUGGGAAGAGAAAAAAAAAUGCAAAUGAGGAGCUAACAAGAUGUUUUAUUGCCUUGGGUAGUUUAUUAAUUUCCUUCCCUUUCAAACAAAUGCAAAACUACUAUGUGUGUUUAUGUAUGUAUAUACUGUGUUUCCUUAAAACGGCUUGAUUUGGCGUCAACAUGGUUGGUAAUCUAUAGUGGAAACAAGUGCAGACACAUAGGAGAAAUAAACUAAACUGAGUGGCACAUCUAGAUUUUAUACAACAAAUUUUUUUUCUUAAACAUUAAAGCCACAAAAUGAGCUCAAGCGAGAGAACAAAAAGGUUCUUUUGCAUAGUUUCCCAUAAGGCACUUUGGUAUUGUCACGUUUACAUAUUGAAACCGGUUUGAAAAGGCAGACAUGAGUAGUGAUCAAAAUAAGCAUCUGAUCUGGCAAACUGCACCCUUCAGACAUUCCAUUUGUCAAGUUUCACGUGUGGUAACGGGGUCGGAGUUGAGAGGGUGAAAAGGCAAUGUGGGUCAGAACCAAAAGAAAAGUUUGCAUAAACGACAGCUUGGAUGUCUCCUGUCAGUCUUUUCCAUCUUUUCGACUAACUAGAGGGAAGUCAUGUUCACAGUCUGUCAGAUGGAAGACGGCCACCGGACAAGGUGGCCAUCUUUAGCCUAACUGGUCCUCGUAUUGCUUUCGAAAACAGUCUCCAGUUGGGAAAAAGUCCCAGCAUCUCUCCUGGUACAUCUUCCACACGUAUGACUCCUGAGAGGGGAAAUAAGCAGAGAAGAAGAAAAAGGUGAGAUGCUGAGGAACAUAAGAAAUCCCUGUCCAGAUUGUGUUAUUAUAUUAUUCAAUAGUUGCAUCCAGAUAGGAUCCAUUACUGGGUGAAAAACGGUGUAAUACAUAAGACAAUGCUAAGACCAAUGUACCGUAUUUACAGGUAUGUAUAUAAUGUAUAUUCAUAUUCUAUGUGACUGUUACUGACUGCUAUGGACUCAAAAAAAUACUGGGGAGAAAAAUGAUCCCAGAUAUACUGUAACAAAACAAAGUUUAUAAAAGCAAUGUUACAUUUGACUUGAAAAAUGCCUGUACAGUAAAUAUGUGUUUUAUGAAUGCUACACUGACUCUGCAACAGAUUGAUAUUUACCAUGGAAAAAUCUGAAAUUAUACAAAUGGGUUGCACGGCGGAGUGGUUAGCAUGCAGGCCUCACAGCUACAAGACUCAAGUUCCAUUCCACACUCGGACAUCUCUGUGUGGAGUUUGUAUGUUCUCCCCGUGCAUGCGUGGGUUUUCUGCAGGUACUCUGGUUUCCUCCCCCCAUAUCACCUCGUACCUCAGUAAGAGGUACAUUAUUAAAAAACAAACAAAAAAAAAACCUUAAACUGUAUGUAUUAUGGAAAGCAGGAAGUGAACAAAUGUAACAGUUACUGAUUGUAAAAGUACCAGAUGGAGGGGUAGGAUUUAAUAAGCUUUGCUUCUUCCUACUCCUUUUGGACAUGUGGAACUGGGAACUGAUUAUGUGAUGCAUUCAAUUGUAAUCUGAUGCAUGUUCAAAUGAAAUAAAACCAUUACCAUUACCAUUCCAAAAACAUGCUAGGUUAAUUGGCCACUCCAAAUUGUCCAUAGGUAGGAAUGUAAGUGGGAAUGAUUGUUUGUCUAUAUGUGCCCUGUGAUUGGCUGGCCACUAGUCCAGGGUGUACCCCGUCUCUUGCCUAAAGACAGCUGGGAUAGGCUCCAACACCCCCCGCAACCCUCGUGAGGAUAAGCGGUACAAAAUGAAUGAAUGAAUGAACAGAGGUGUAACAUUAAAAUAUUUUUGGCUGCACUUGAGUUUGUUUUCAUGCAAAUAUUAUUUUACCCGAGAAUCUAAUUGGGAAAAAAAAAAUCCUAAAGAACUCAUUUACGCCUUGCAUGUAAAUUAGACAACUAGCAAUUAUUGGUUUUUCUACUCAUGCCUGGGCCACUACUCGAAAAACCUUUGCACCUUAAAAGGGGUAUGUGGCACAUUCCUCCAUCUGCAUGGGGGGCAGGGCUAUAAAAAAAUAGGC